CGAAUUCACCGCUACCGAUUGGGGACACAGAGAGCGAGGAAUACGCUCACGAGUCCCAGGUACAGUACACUCGCAGGAAACGACAAAUUUUCCCGGCCGAUCGGUUGGCAAGAUUUGUACGCGUACAUACGUGCAGUGCUUUGGUGUUACGGUCGGCGGUCCCGCUGACGGCGUCCGUUUCACGGAAAGAAGGGAAGCCACGUCGGCGGAGUCCACGGUGAACGAUUGCGAGAGAGUAUUAAGAGAUCUGCGGUGAUAAGGACGGUGCGCGGGGAUUCCUCGCCCGCGUCCCGGUGGACAGCCCGCCUCCUCCCCUUCUCCCCCCCCUUCUCCUGUCCCGACUCUCUCUACUUGGACCGUAUUCGCGGCCACCUCAAUCUCUCUCUCAGCGAUCUCCGCGGUGACACGCGAGUCUCUGCUUUCCCUCCUCCUUCGCGAGGGGGCAACUUGGCGGCCGCGUCCGCAUCCGCGACCCACGCCCGGCCUCCGUGCCCGGCGGUCUUCGCACCCGGUCACAGCACAAACACAGAGAUUGUGGAGUCCAGGAAGUUAAGGGGACGGCACGAGAGGGAGGACGCGCCGUCCAUCACCAUGAAGCUCGUCGACCACGUGGUGAGGAGCUUCAAGGUGGCCAAGGUAUUCCGCGAGAACACAGAUCGGAUAAACAGUAUCGAUUUCUCGCCGAAUGGCGACACUCUGAUCUCCUGCUCGGAGGAUGACCAGAUCGUCAUAUAUGACUGCGAGAAGGGUACCCAGGUACGGACAGUCAACUCCAAGAAAUACGGCGUCGACUUGAUACACUUCACCCACGCAAAAAACACCGCGAUACACAGCAGUACCAAGGUCGACGACACGAUCCGUUAUCUCAGUUUACAUGACAACAAGUAUAUACGUUACUUUCCUGGUCACUCGAAAAAGGUAGUGUCACUAUGUAUCAGUCCUAUCGAGGAUACUUUCCUCUCUGGUUCCUUAGACAAAUCUCUGAGACUGUGGGACUUACGCUCACCAAAUUGUCACGGAGUGAUGAAUGUCUCAGGACGGCCAGUAGCAGCAUAUGAUCCCGAAGGUCUUAUCUUUGCAGCUGGAGUCAAUUCAGAAAGUAUCAAGCUGUAUGAUCUACGUAGCUUUGAUAAAGGUCCAUUUGUUACCUUCAAGCUGUCGCAAGAGAAAGAGUGUGAUUGGACUGGAUUGAAGUUCAGCAGAGACGGCAAGACCAUCUUGAUCUCUACUAACGGUAGUACGAUUCGUUUAAUUGACGCUUUUCAUGGUACACCCUUACAGACUUUUGCUGGACAUCUCAACAACAAGGGAAUUGCCAUUGAGGCCAGUUUUAGUCCGGAUUCCCAAUUUGUGUUCAGUGGCUCCACAGAUGGUAGGGUUCAUGUGUGGAACGCGGAGACCGGUUACAAAGUUUGCGUGUUGAAUGGUGAUCAUCCAGCACCGGUGCAGUGUAUCCAGUUCAAUCCCAAGUACAUGAUGUUAGCGUCUGCAUGCACCAACAUGGCUUUCUGGCUACCCACCAUCGAUGAAAAUGCAUAAGACUAAUUUACAAGAAAUGCAGAGCGAGAUGCCAGAAUCUAUACUUCGUGAAGGAGAGGUAAAGAGAGAAGGAAGAGAAAACGGAAGAGAGGCAGUCAGUUGAGAAUAAUAAUCAGAGGAUGUUUAUAACUUGUUUGAGUGAAUUCAUUUACAACAAAACAAAAUUGCAUUUACAUUAUGCGUACAAAACUGGAAUAGCUGUUGUACGGCAUACCAGUUCUGAAACGUAUCCGAGGGAGCAAGCAAGACGUCACGAAAGAAAUCGACAGCUGGACCAUCGCUUAUACAUUCGUGUUUCGAAAAGGUCCACGUGGAAUACAACUUUCCAUCAUCGUUGUUAUUGGCGUUAUUGUCUUCAUUAUAUCAAUAUACGAAGAUCCAUGUUUUGUUUUCAAGACAUUUCGAAUGUCUUGUAUAAGUAGCCUCUUCCUACGUAUCUGUGUGUCAUCGGUUAAUGAUACGUGAAAUGAAUGUUACAUGUCGGAAGAGGUCAGCAUCUUUGGAUUUCGUCCGUUCCUGGGCAAUCGACCGUUUUGCCCGAUUGUGUUCGAGAAAAUUAUUGUAGAAUUUCGUCGCGCUAGUUGUUGCGAAAAUACACCUGCAAUGUAGAACGAUGUACUAUUUAAAAGCAAUUACCGUCUACGAGA